CUUAUGCCAAAAAAUGAAUAUUGUCAUUGUCAGUAAAUUUUCAUGUCGUCUGUUCAUUCUCAAAUAUUUGUUUGAGUUUUAUUCUCAGAUUGUUUUUCAAUUAUAACUUUUAUGCACUAUUAAUCGAAAUGUUUUCGUCGAUAUUUGGUAGACGAAAAUCACCAGUUGAAGACGUAACGCCUCCUAUUCCUGGGCCCAAAACAGAUGACUUUGUUAUAGUUGACCCAACAUCUCCUGGUGGUAGUUUGUAUCCAAGUGUGAGCGGUGGCUCUGUACCAGUGGUGUCUCCUAAAAGACCAGCACCUCCAGCUCCAAAGAAGAUAGCAGAUCAAAGUUUCCAUUAUUUGCAAGGCGUACCUUUCUCUUUAUGUCGUGAAUUACAAAUGGCUUCGAAUAAAGACACCUUUGCAGCGCAAAUUGCAGAUCAAUUGGCAUUCUUGACAAAUAAAGUGAAUCUGAACAGUUAUGAAUACGAAUUUUCACUUGAAAGAAGUGUGCUAAAAGAAUUAGAAUAAUGAAUGUGAUUGUGUACUAUGAUUGGUGUUUGAAAUACUUGUAAAUAAGGACUGUACUUUACGUAUGACUCAUCUCUAUAAUAAUCCUUUGAAAUAUUUACUCAAUCUAUUUUUUUUAUAUUUGCCACAACUAGUUAUAUAUUUUGGCAUGUCUGAAUGAAAUAAGAACUUUCUGAAUGAAAUAAUUGUUUCAUAUAAUCAAAAAGUUAAAAUUUUUUUUUUUUUUAUUUUAUUUUAGCUGUAUUUUAACAGUGUUAUGACUAAAUUUGUUAUGCUUGUUGAGAUUGUUUAUUGUGUCAAGUAUAGAAGAACAGAUUGUUAAUAAAAUAUUAUUUAAUGAAAGCUAAAGUAUCACUUUUGUAUUUAUUUGUAUUGGUUUAACUCACAUGAUAAAUUUGGGGUUACCUGACUAAUUACACAAUCAAUAGGCGCCCUUAUUUAUGAAAUGGGUUUGAGGCUCAAAUUUCUUGAAUUAUUGCCAAUAUGGAAGUAAGUCUUAAUUUAUAUGAUAGUUAUAUAUUGUUUAAUUCCUCUAUAUUAUUUUGUAAUAAUGUAUAACAGAAAUUCUUCAAUCAUUUUGAAUAGCUCAAGUGAUAAAAACAUUUAAAUUUCAUUGAUUAAUAUUUCCACAUAAUAUUAUUUUGCAAUAUCAAUAUUUCAUUAUAACUAUUACCUAUAUCACAUAUAUUUAUUUGUUUACAAUAAUUACAACUAUGCGUUUCUCUACACAAACAUACAAUAGCUUUUUAAUGAGAGUGCUGUUCGAUUAGUAUAAAUGUUUUAUUGUGUUAUUCCAGUAAGGUGCAUACAAUUAAUGAUUACACCAUUUCAUUUUCACAAUAUUAGUAGAGAGCAAUAUUGCUGGUUUGACUGGUUAGAAAAAUAAAUAAAAUUAGCAUUGGAGAUGUUUAUUAUAGUGUUAUCAAUAUUAAGUCUAUAGAUUCUUUUAUUAAAAAAAAAACUUGCAUUAAUACAUAUAAUACAUACCCACAUCAUCUAACUUGAUUAUAAAAAUCAAUCUCAAAAUAUUGUUAUAGAGUGUACCACUAUAACAGUACAUUUGAUACAGCAUUAUUUUUGUUUAUACUACCAUACAAAUUACAAAUGUGAAUCUUAUAAUGUGUAUUUUAGGUAUAAAGACACAACAGUGCCUCUUGUUGUAAACAUAAUUAGAUAAAAAUAAUGAACUUUUGCUGUAAGUAGAAAGAUAUGUAUAAAUAGUUAUGGCCAUUUCAAUAUAUAGCUUGAUUACUUACAGCAAGAAUUUUAUCUUGUAUAUAAAAAGUCUUUAAAAUGGAAUGUAAAUAAAAAAUAAAAUAGAGAAUAA